AUGGCCGAGGUGGUGGGAGGAGCGCUUCUCUCUGUUGUCUUGGAUGCUUUAUUCCAAAAAAUGAAUCGGGAGGUGCUUGACUUCUUUCGGAGAAGAAAACUCGACGACGGGUCCUUAAGAAAGCUAAAGAUAGCAUUGGAGUCUGUGAAUGCGGUGGUCGAGGACGCAGAGGAGAAGGAACUCACAAACCCUGCUGUGAAAAAGUGGCUUGAUGACCUGAAAGAUGCUGUUUUUGAUGCACAAGACAUCUUGGAUGAGAUUGAUACAGAAAUCCAGAUACGCAAGUUGGGUGCUGAGUUUCAGUCAACUCCAAGGAAGGUACGAUACAUGGUCUCUACUUUUCUUAAUCCUUUUUUCAAGCAGAUACAGCGGAAGAUGGAAGAGGUAUUCGACCGACUAGAAUAUCUAGCAAAAAAUAAUAAUUUCUUAGGUCUAAGGGUAGGUGUUGGAGGAGGAGAAUCAUCAGAAAGAUUGCCCACGACUUCUUUGGUUGCUGAAGCUGGUAUAUUUGGUAGGGAUAAUGAUAAGGAGGAAAUAAUUAACUUGUUGCUCUCGCACGAUGCAAGCGGAGGUGAGAUGCGUGUGAUUGGCAUAGUGGGUAUGGCGGGAAUUGGCAAGACCACCCUUGCUCAGCUCAUAUACAACGAUCGGAGGGUGAGGGAGCAUUUCGACCUUGAAGCAUGGGUAUAUGUUUCACACGAGUUUGACGUGUUCAGCGUAACAAAAACAAUUCUAGAGGCAGUAACUUCGUCAACUUGUGAUAUAAAGGAUCUGAAUCGGCUUCAAGUUACACUCAAGGAGAAGUUGAUGGGGAAAAAAUUCCUGCUUGUUUUAGACGAUGUAUGGAAUAAGAAUUAUAUUGAUUGGGAGAUCUUAAGCAAACCCUUCAAAUUUGGGGAACAAGGAAGCAGUGUGAUUGUAACCACACGUGAUAAUGAUGUCGCAUCUGCUGUACGCUCUAGUGGGACUCAUUGUUUGAAAAGGCUGUCAGAAGAUGAUUGCUGGUCGGUAUUUGCAAACCAUGCACUCCACAAUGGUAAUCCAGAGCUAGAGGCAGUAGGCAGACAGAUUGUGAAAAAGUGCGAGGGCCUACCUUUAGCCUCAAAAGCAAUUGGGGCUCUGUUGUGGUCGAAAUUGGAUGUUGAUGAUUGGGACAAGAUACUAAACAGUGAGAUAUGGGAUUUACCAAUUGACGAGACACACAUUCUUCCAUCUUUAAGGUUAAGUUAUAAAUAUCUACCCUCACAUCUAAAGCCAUGCUUUGCUUAUUGUUCAAUAUUGCCAAAGGGUUAUGCAUUUGAAAAAGAUCGAUUAGUCUUUCUGUGGAUGGCUGAAGGUUUCUUGCAAGAACUCAAAAACAAAACAAUGGAAGAAGUUGGUAAUGAUUACUUCUUAGAUCUUGUAUCAAGAUCAUUGUUUCAACAAUCAAGUGGUGAUAAAUCAUGUUUUGUAAUGCACGAUCUUGUCAACGACUUAGCAAAGUUUGUUUCUGGACAAUUUAUCUUUAGGCUGGAGGGUGUCAGUUUUCACGGUAUUGUAAACAAGGCUCGGCACUUGUCGUAUUUUAGAACAAGAUUUGACAACUUUAAGAAGUUCGAGGGUCUUUUCGAGGUUAAGCGGUUGCGCACCUUCUUGCCAUUAGAAUUUUCCAUAUUGGACAACAAUUUGUCUAAAAAGGUACCGGAUGUUCUAUUGCCGAAGCUAAGAUGUUUACGAGUACUCUCUUUGUCUCAUUAUGAAAAUUUGGCUAACUUGCCUGAUUCAAUUGGCAAAAUUAAACAACUACGUUAUUUAGACAUUUCUUUUACUGCAGUUAAAAGCUUACCUAAUUCUGUAUGUAAGUUGAUCAAUUUGCAAACACUCAACUUGUCAUGGUGUAACAAUCUAGUUGGAUUGCCUAGGGAUAUGCGGAAACUCAUUAAUCUACGUCAUCUUGAUAUUACUAGAACUGACAUAUUGGAGAUGCCGAUACAAUUGGGUAGCUUAAGAAGUCUACAAACGUUGACAAAAUUUAUUAUCAGCAGCCGUAAUGGGUCUUGCAUUGGAGAGUUGGGAAAACUUACAAAUCUUCGAGGAAAGCUUGCUAUUUUGAACCUUCAAAAUGUUGUCUCUUCUAUUGAUGUCGCAGAUGCAGGCUUGAAGGACAAGAAGCACAUUGAGGAGUUGAUGUUGGAAUGGAAAGCUGGUAUUGUUGUUUUAGAAAGUCAAAGAACUAUACUUGACAGUCUCCAGCCUCAUUCAAAUUUGAAAAUUCUCACUAUCAACAACUAUGGUGGUCAAAGUUUUCCAGAUUGGGUAGGGCAUGAUUCAUUCUUUAAUAUGGUAUCUCUUCAUCUAAACAAGUGUAAGUUUUGUUGUAACUUGCCAUCGCUAGGACAACUACCCUCUUUGCAGAACCUCUCUAUUGUUGAGUUUGAUCAAGUUAUUAGAGUGGGUCCUGGAUUUUAUGGUAGUGGUUCGUCUUCGAUUAGGCCAUUUAAAGCAUUGAAAGUUCUAAAGUUCGAGUUGAUGUUGAAGUGGGAGGAAUGGUUUGCCUUUGGUGCUGAAAAUGAAGGUGAAGCUUUUCCUAUCCUCCAAGAGCUUUAUAUUCAUGAUUGCCCCAAGCUAGCACGAAGGUUGCCCAUCCAUCUUCCUUCUUUAGCCAAACUUGAGAUCACGAAAUGUCCACUAUUGGUGUCUUCAGUCCCGAUGUUUCCUGCUAUAUGUCAAUUGAAUCUAACACGUUGUAAUGAGGUUUUGUUAAAGGAAUUGCCAACUAGAAUACAGGUUCUCAAAGUUGGAGGAUUUGAUGCACUAGAUUCCCAAGCCAACAUAAUGAUGGGGCCCAGUAGUUCUCUUCAAGAGUUAGAAGUCAGUGACUGUUCUUCGUUUGUGUCCCUUUCCAAGGGUGAUCUAGCAUCUACAUUAAAAUCCCUUAUCAUCAGGAAUUGUGGGAUUUUAGAGCUCCCAAUGUACCCGAUCUUUUCAUUCCUUAAAAAAUUGUACUUAUAUGAUAUUUAUGAUUCUCUCAAGUCCGUCCCAUUGGACUUAUUUCCAAAGCUUUGCAAUAUCUAUAUCUUUGGGUGUAGGAAUUUGGAAUCUUUGACAGUUUCUGAAGAACAUAGACAUGAUUUAAUGACAUUGCAAAUACAAAUCAUAGAUUGCCCUUGUUUUGUAUCUUUUCCAAAAGGUGGAUUGCGUGCCCCCAACCUUACAUUGCUUUGGGUUUGGAAUUGUGGAAGUUUGAGGUCAUUACCAGAUAAGAUGCACAUGUUCCUCCCAUCUCUUGAGGAUUUGCAAAUAGUUGACUGUGCAAAAGUUGAGUUGUUUCCUGAAGGGGGUUUGCCUUCUAAUUUAAAAUCAGUUUCCAUUGUUGAUUGUGACAACCUCGUUGCCAGACGAAUGGAAUGGGGUUUGCAAAAGGUCCCCUUUCUUAGAAGUUUGUUUAUUUGUGGCGAAAAGGGAGAUGCAAAGUCCUUUCCGGAGGUGGGAUUGCUGCCCACCAAUUUGACUUCUCUUCAAAUAAUGAAUUUUCCAAAUAUGAAAUCCUUGGAUAAGAAGGGGGUUCAACACCUCGCCUCUCUGAAAGAAUUGCGGAUCGAUAACUGUCCUAUGCUCAAGUACAUGCCAGAAGAAAGCUUGCCUGCCUCCGUUUCUGUUUUACUUAUCAACAAUUGUCCUUUGCUAAAGAAACAACUUCACAAGAAAAAAGGAAAAGAAUGGCUCAAGAUUGCUCAUGUCCACCUAAUAAUGAUUGAUGAUGAAUUGAUUGAAUGA